AUGACCCAACGACAAUACUUUGGAACAUGGAGGACGAAAUUACAUCAUAGCUCCCCAAGUAAUAUUCCUAAUUCCUUCCGAAAAUUGAAGCCGUACCUUGAUGAGUGCGAUAUUAUUUGGGUUGGAGGACGACUACGUAAUUCAAAUUUGAGUGAGCAUGCAAAAUUUCCUAUGUUGGUGCCCAAAGGGUUACAUUUAGCGGGUUUGAUUUUACGACACUAUCAUCGAUGUUAUUUACAUGCAGGACCACGUGGGGAUGGAUCCGUAGUUGCUCGAGUAUUCUGGAUUACUUCUGCUUGGAACGAAAUUCGGAAAGUCAUUCACCGAUGCACCACAUGUACCAAAUGGGCCGCCGUUCAUCCACAACCUAUUAUGGCGGAUCUCCCUACCUCAAGGAUUACACCAAGUCAACCAUUUUGUCAUGUCGGCAUAGAUUAUGGAGGUCCGUUUACAGUCCCAGAAAGCCGUCAGCGAAAAACGAAAGUAUACAAAGCGUACAUGGCGCUAUUCGUGUGUUUUGCCACGAAGGCUGUACACAUUGAGACUGUGACAGAACUAUCGACCGAAGCAUUUUUAGCGGCAUUUGAUCGUUUUAUUGCUCGGAGAGGAGUGCCUACGGAUGUUUAUACCGACUGUGGUACCAACUUCGUAGGAGCAGAACGGCAUCUGCAAACGUUAUUAGGACUAGAAAAAGAAAAGAAUGUCGUAAUCAAUGACACCACGUGCAAUUGGCACUUUAAUCCACCGGCAGCGCCCCAUUUCGGAGGACUUUGGGAAGCCGGGAUUAAGUCAGCCAAAUUCCAUCUGAAACGAGCGAUCGGUACUCACGUCCUCACAUUUGAGGAACUGACAACUUUGCUGACCAGAAUUGAAGGCAUCUUAAAUUCUCGGCCAUUGACACCGUUGUCUUCAGACCCAGGUGAAAUUGAUUGUCUCACCCCUGGGCAUUUUUUAAUCGGUCAACCACUCGUGGCAUUACCAGAUAUAGAUCUCACUCUCACCAAACAUAAUGUUCUCACUUGA